GCUAGCUUCUUCACUCUAAACCAAGCCGAGUAACAGUCUUGCAUCGGAGCUUUCUUUCACGAUGUCAUACUAUUAUCAAAGCUCCUCUUCUGCUUAUGGUGGUGGUGGCGGUGGAGGUUCUGGCCGUGUUGCUUCUGUCCGCCUUGGACCAUCCAGUAUCCAUGGGGGAGCUGGUGGCCGUGUAUCUGCCUCUUCAGCUAGGUUUGUAUCUUCUGGUUCAGGAUAUGGAGGCGGUUAUGGAUAUGGAAGUGGUUUAGGAGGUGGUUGUGGUAUUGGAUAUGGUUCUGGAGGAAGUUCUGGAUAUGGUUCUGGAGGCUACGGAAGUUGCUUUGGUGGUGGAGUUGGUGGAGGCUAUGGUGGUGGUCUUGACUUUGCAGUUUGUGGUGGUGGUGGUGGUGGUGAUGGAGGCCUUCUGACUGGAAAUGAGAAGAUCACCAUGCAAAAUCUCAAUGACCGCUUGGCAAAUUACUUGGAUAAGGUGCGAGCCCUAGAGGAGGCUAACACUGAGUUAGAGAUCAAGAUCCGAGACUGGCAUCAAAAGCAGGCACCCUCUAGCCCAGCCAGAGAUUACAGCCAUUAUUACAAGACAAUUUCGGAACUCCGUGACAAGAUUCAUGAUGCUACAAUUGACAAUUCUAGGAUUAUUUUGGAGAUUGAUAAUGCUAGACUGGCUGCUGAUGACUUCAGACUGAAGUAUGAGAAUGAACUGCAUCUCCGCCAGGGUGUUGAGAGUGACAUCAAUGGUCUGCGCAGAGUCCUGGAUGAACUAACUCUGUUUAAAUCUGACAUGGAAAUGCAAAUCGAAGAGAAGAAGGAAGAUUUGGCCUACCUCAAGAAGAACCAUGAGGAGUUAAUGAAAGAAUAUGGUACUCAGCUAACUGGAAAGGUCAAUGUUGAGAUGGAUGCUGCACCUGGAGUUGAUCUCACCAAAAUUUUGUCUGACAUGCGAGAACAAUAUGAACAAAUGGCUGAGAGGAACCGCAGAGAUGCUGAAGCCUGGUUCUUUACCAAGACCGAAGAACUGAAUCGUGAAGUUGCUACCCACACUGAACAACUACAGACCAGCAAGACUGAGAUUUCAGAAUUAAGGCGUACAGUACAGAGUUUGGAGAUUGAGCUACAAUCACAGCUUAGCAUGAAAGCUGGCUUGGAAACCAGUUUAGCAGAGACAGAAGGACGGUAUUGUGCUCAGCUAGCACAAAUCCAAGCCCUGAUCUCCAGUGUAGAAGAACAGCUGGCUGAUUUAAGGAAUGACAUGGAGCGCCAGAAUCACGAAUACAGGAUGCUCAUGGAUAUCAAAACACGGCUGGAACAGGAGAUCAGCACUUACCGAAACCUCUUGGAGGGUCAAGACUCAAAAUUCCCAGGCUGGUCUCCAAAAGAUGCAUCCUAUGGAGGAGGCAACAUAAUCACCUACAGUAGUGGCGGCAGCGGCAGCGGCAGCGGCAGCGGUGGUGGUGGUGGUGUCGUCAGUGGUAGCGGCUACGGCAGUGGUGGCAGUAGCGUCACUACCGGCAAAGUGCGUUCUGGAAACUUCUGAAUCUCCUGAAAAGUGCACUCCUUCCUUAAAGACCAAGCAGUUUCAGCACCGCCACAAAAUCCUUCUUUUUGCAUAAGUAUGCCUCGGCUUGGCUACUUUCUUCACAGUGAUCCCUUUCCAGCUUUGCCUGACUCAUCUUAGCUAAUUCUCACUCUGUAUUGCUCAUCAUAAUAAAAAUCCUCUUUGGGCUUGAUUUUGCAAGUAAAA